AUCCUGGAGGCGGAUUUCAGCAAGUGUCAGAUAAUUGGAAGGGUGGAGUCACACUGUAAACCCCGACACACCUUUGUCAGGACUUGUUUGGAAGCAAAGAACUAAAAGAAACAAGGGCAAGAGAAGAAGUGAACAUUUUUGAAAGAUCACUCAGCUCUAACACACCUUGGCUGGGUCUGGAUAAAAAAAAGUGGGAACAGCAAACGUCUAGAAGAAAACGUCAGGGGAAGAAGAAGAGAGGGGGCAUUUACUCAAAGUUGUUUCUGAUUCCUUCAACACCUCAAACUAGGUGGCGAUGGUAUGGAUGUAACCAAGAAGAACAAACGAGAUGGCGCUGAAGUCACUGAAAGAAUUAUCACGGAAACAAUAACUACAAGACUUACGUCCUUACCACCGAAAGGGGGCACCAGCAACGGCUAUGCUAAAACAGGCUCUCUUGGUGGAGGGAGCCGGCUGGAGAAACAGAGCCUGAUGCAUGGCAGCAGCGGCUACAUAAACUCAAGUGGGAGCACACGAGGCAAUGCCUCUACUUCCAGUUACAGGAGGGCCCCUAGUGAGUUGGCCUCCACUCUGCCCAACUCGCCAGGCUCAACCUUUGAGAGAAAAACUCACGUCACCCGCCAUGGAACAUACGAAGGGAGCUCCAGCGGCAACUCUUCCCCUGAGUACCCUCGGAAGGAAUUUGUGUCUUCUUCAACCAGAGGACGGAGCCAAACACGAGAGAGCGAGAUCCGAGUUCGACUGCAGAGUUCAUCCCCAUCUACCCGAUGGACGGAAUUGGAUGACGUCAAGCGUUUGCUCAAGGGAAGCCGAUCAGCAAGCGUGAGCCCCACCCGGAAUUCCUCUAACACACUCCCCAUCCCCAAGAAAGGCACCGUGGAGACCAAAUUGGUGACAGCGAGCUCCCAGUCAGUGUCCGGCACCUAUGACACAACCAUCCUGGAUGCCAACCUUCCCUCCCACAUGUGGUCCUCCACGUUGCCGGCAGGGUCCUCCAUGGGCACCUAUCACAACAACAUCACAGCCCAGAGCUCAUCCCUGCUCAACACCAAUGCCUAUUCUGCAGGAUCAGUCUUCGGAGUUCCAAAUAACAUGGCCUCCUGCUCCGCAACUCUGCAGCCUGGAAUCAGCACCAGCUCCUCAGUGUUUGGCAUGCAGAACAAUCUGGCCCCCAGUUCACCCGCCCUGUCCCAUGGCAUGGCCACCACCUCCACAGCGUAUGGUGUGAAGAAGAACAUGCCCCAGAGCCCUGCCGUUGUGAGCACUGGAGUGUCCACCUCCACAGCCAGCACCACAAGUGUCCAGAAUGAUGACCUCUUGCACAAGGACUGUAAAUUCCUGAUCCUGGAGAAAGACAACACACCUGCCAAGAAGGAGAUGGAGCUGCUGAUUAUGACCAAGGACAGCGGGAAGGUCUUCACUGCCUCCCCUGCCAGUGUCACUGCAACUUCUUUUUCAGAGGACACCCUAAAAAAGGAAAAGCAAGCUGCAUACACCACUGACACCUACCUAAUGUCAGAAGCUAAUGGAGACGUGAAGACCGUGUCCGCAAAGGGCAAGGCCACCUCUGCAGACUUCUACGGCUACAACCGCCACCGUGGGGGCGGCAGUAGCAGCGGCAGGGGCGCUGGCAGCGGGGUCUCCGGUGGAGGCGGCAAGGGCUCGUGGGGUGUAGCGCCAGCCUGGUGCCCCUGCGGCUCCUGCUGCAGCUGGUGGAAGUGGCUGCUGGGCCUGCUCCUCACCUGGCUGCUGCUCCUGGGGCUGCUCUUUGGCCUCAUCGCUCUGGCCGAGGAGGUGAGGAACCUGAAAGCACGUGUGGACGAGCUGGAGAAGGUCAGGAGCAGCGUGCUGCUUUACAAGGAGAAGAUGGAGAGAAGCAGCCAGGACUCUGUGCAGGGUGUUGCACCGAGGCUGGGGGAAGGUGUCGGGCUUGAUGGCUACAGUCAAGAAGACCUCUGGCAAUUCAUGAGGGGCAAGCUGAUGGCAGAACAGGAACAUGGAAAUCUCCGAGGAAGCCCUGGCCCUAAAGGUGACAUGGGAAGUCAAGGCCCUAAAGGAGAUCGAGGGUUCCCUGGGACUCCAGGUAUCCCUGGGCCCUUGGGCCACCAAGGUCCGGAGGGACCAAAGGGGCAAAAAGGCAGCGUGGGAGAGCCUGGCAUGGAGGGACCCAUGGGCCAGAGAGGGCGAGAAGGCCCCAUGGGACCUCGCGGUGAACCAGGGCCUCCUGGGUCUGGAGAGAAAGGAGAAAGAGGGGAUGCUGGUCAACCGGGCAUUCAAGGCCCACCUGGUGUCCCAGGUUCUGUGGGUCCCAAAGGUUCUAGCGGUUUUCCUGGCCCACAGGGUCCCCCAGGCUCUGUAGGUCGCCAAGGGCCCCGAGGUGAAGCGGGACUCCCUGGCAUCAAAGGUGACAAAGGACCUAUGGGCCCACCAGGACCCAAAGGUGACCAGGGUGAGAAAGGACCCCGAGGCCUCACAGGCGAGCCCGGCUUGAAAGGUUUACCUGGUGCUGUGGGCGAGCCCGGGCCUAAAGGAGCAAUGGGACAAGCUGGCCCCGACGGACACCAAGGCCCAAGAGGGGAACAAGGUCUUCCAGGGAUGCCCGGAAUCCGGGGCUUACCAGGACCUUCUGGAGACCCAGGAAAGCCAGGUCUCACCGGACCCCAAGGACCUCAGGGACUUCCUGGUACCCCCGGCCGACCAGGGGCUAAAGGUGAACCGGGAGCUCCAGGCAGGAUCGUGACUUCAGAGGGAUCAUCGACUCUCACUGUCCCAGGUCCCCCGGGACCUCCUGGAGCGAUGGGACCUCCAGGACCUCCAGGUGCCUCAGGCCCCAUUGGCCCAGCUGGUCUCCCAGGACAGCAAGGCCCGCGAGGGGAGCCAGGACUUCCUGGUGAAUCGUUCAUGGGCAGCAGCAGCUCCAUCUUCGAGGUCCUCUCCGCCCAGGGUCUUGAUUUACGAGGUCCCCCAGGCCCACCUGGGCCACCAGGACCACCCACACCAGGACCCCCAGGACCCCGAGGCCCAGCAGGGGAAGGCUUGCCAGGCCCACCUGGCCCCCCAGGCCCCAAGGGAGAGCAAGGCGCCCCAGGCCCCCGAGGACACCAAGGCGAGCGAGGCCCCCCAGGAUUCUCAGCCUCAGGCUCCAGUUCUCUCGGACUCAACCUACAAGGACCGCCAGGCCCACCUGGCCCUCAGGGACCCAAGGGUGACAGAGGUGAUCCCGGAGUCCCAGGGGCUCCCGGCAUUCCCAGUGGGCCCUCUCGAGGGGGAUCGGCAUCGAGCACCAUGUUCAUGCAGGGCCCGCCAGGCCCACCAGGGCCCCCCGGGCCUCCAGGCUCCAUCGGCAGCUCCGGCCUGGAGAUUCAGCAGUACAUCUCUGACUACAUGCAGAGUGACAGUAUCAGGUCUUAUCUAUCUGGAGUUCAGGGUCCCCCAGGCCCACCUGGUCCCCCCGGGCCUGUCACCACCAUCACGGGUGAGACUUUCAACUACUCAGAGCUGGCCAGCCUCGUCGUGAGCUACUUACAGACUUCGGGGUACAGCAUCAGCACGUCCUCCGCCUCCGUCUCUUCUGAAGACAUCCUGGCUGCACUCCAGCGGGAUGACGUGCGUCAGUAUCUACGGCAGUACCUGACGGGCCCUCGGGGUCCCCCAGGGCCACCAGGAGCCAGUGGAGAUGGGUCCCUCCAGUCUUUGGACUACGCAGAGCUGAGCAGCCGCAUCCUCAGCUACCUGUCCAGCUCCGGAGUCAGCAUUGGGCUUCCUGGCCCCCCAGGGCCCCCAGGCUUGCCAGGAACAUCCUACGAGGAGCUCCUCUCCUUGCUCCAAGGGUCUGAAUUCAGAGGCAUUGUUGGGCCCCCAGGUCCCCCUGGGCCACCAGGGCUCCCAGGCAGCGCGUGGUCCAGCAUCAGCAUGGAGGACCUCUCGUCCUACCUGCAGACUGCUGGCUUGUCAUCCAUCCCAGGCCCUCCUGGGCCCCCUGGCCCCCCAGGCCCUCGAGGGCCCCCGGGUGUCUCAGGAGCUCUGGUGACAUACGCAGCUGAAGACAGAGACAACUUCCGGAGUGAGCUGAUCAGCUACCUCACAAGUCCUGACGUGCGCGGCUUCAUCGUCGGCCCGCCGGGUCCUCCCGGGCCCCAGGGUCCCCCCGGGGACAGCUCCUACAGCCGGGGCGGCAGCUCCUCUUCUCUCAGUCGGGCCUCUUCCUCCAGCUCCUCCAUGGGCAUAGGAGGAGCCAGCGGAGGCUCCCUGGGCGAAGGGGGAGCCUUUGGCCUGGACGUGGGCCUGGGCCGCGGCUAUGGGGCAGCGGCAGAACGCGGCACGUACGGCGGUGACGGUGGAUUCGGGGCCAGCUUUGCUGGAGGUCUGGAUUACAACGAACUGGCCGUUCGGGUGUCUGACAGCUUGCAGCGUCAGGGCCUGCUCCAAGGGAUGGCCUACACUGUGCGGGGCCCGCCAGGCCUGCCUGGGCCCCAGGGGCCCCCUGGCAUCAGCAAGGUCUUCUCCGCCUACAGCAACGUGACCGAGGACCUCAUGGACUUUUUCAGAACUUAUGGAGCCAUCCCAGGACCCCCUGGGCAGAAGGGAGAGAUGGGCAUCCCUGGACCCAAAGGUGAGAGGGGCCCUGCUGGGCCACCAGGUCAGCCUGGGCCACCCGGCCCUCAAGGAUACAAGGGAGAAAAAGGAGACAAAGGUGACCAAGUCUAUGCUGGCCGGAGAAGGAGAAGCAUCGCUGUCAAGCCAUGAGCGACCCUUGGCGGAACAGCCGCCUGGACCAGUUCUUGCAGUGGCUUAUGGCGCUUAUGUCAAGACCUCUCCAGAGGGUGGUAAAAGCUGGAAUCUCACUGUCCUACUGAGGCAGCACAGCAAAUAGUCAACUAGAACCCUUAUCUCAGUCUGGAGCAAAAUAUAUGUACGUAGAAUUCAGUCCAAGGUACACAGUCUGAAACAGCUUCAUGGGGUAGACUCAACAGUGGCCUGCGCAUGCAGUGUGGUAGGAUGAAGCUGGCCUCCCUGCUGUCCAGGCCUGAGCUCCUCGGCUUUUUUAACACUGAGCUCAAGCCCCAGCCUAGGAAAGCCAGGUACAUAAAAGUUGUUUCAGGAGCCCUUGAGCUUCACCUUAAAAAUGAGCCCAGAAAAUGGAAGAUGGGAUGGGGGUGCCUUCCUGAGAGCCACUCAAUGGGACUGUUCUGGUCAACGCUGCAAGGCUGUGCUCUCAGCUCCCUUCUCCCCUCUUCACUCUGCAUUCUCUAGUCAUAGAAAAAAACUCACUCA